UGGGCCCCACCCAGCAUCCUUGCGCAGGAAGUUCAUGCAAGAGGCUUUCGUCGCCCGACCUGAAAAAAAUGGAGAAACCCUAGGCCAGUGCGAGCAUCUCAACGCCGGGUGCGCAUUACUCCCUCCCUCCCUCUCUCCACCAUCAGCAUGACGAAGUUCAGAAAGCUGGGCCGGCCCACCGGUCAUCGUAUGUCGAUGCUCAGGACUAUGGUUUCUCAGCUGGUGAAACACGAGCGCAUUGAAACAACUGUUGCCAAGGCGAAAGAAAUUCGGCGACUUGCAGAUAGGAUGGUGCAGCUUGGGAAAGAGGGCACUCUUUCGGCUGCUAGACAAGCUGCUGGUUUUGUUCGUGGGGAUGAUGUUAUUCAUAAGCUGUUCACAGAGAUAGCUUAUCGCUAUAAAGACAGAGCAGGUGGAUACACGAGGUUACUUCGGACACGCAUACGAGUUGGAGAUGCUGCACCUAUGGCCUACAUCGAGUUUGUGGACAGAGAGAACGAGCUUAGAGAGGCGAAACCAGCAACCCCCCAAGUGCCCCAGAGACCAGCCUCAGAUCCAUGGUGUAGGUCCCGCAUGAGCCAGCAGUGGGCACCACCUAAAGAAGAGGAUCAAACUGCUGGAUCUUCAACUUAAAAAGUAGGAUCUAUCAUGAGAUUGACUAUAUUGAAAUUUGCUUGGGUCCAUUGUAAUAUUCACAAUUUUCAAUUUCUUAAAGGCAAAUGAUUCUCUUUUCGAGGACUUCCAUGCAACAAAGUGCAGAAGUUUUCAUGUA